UCAAAAAAAUCAUGUUGUACAUAUAUAAAAAGGCAUUUAUUGUUAAUUAAUACAGUAGAACACAAUUACACAACAAGAAAGAACAUAGUAUGCCCAUGUACACUUCAGUAUAUAGGGAGUGAUGAGAAGUGUUAUGGCACACCUGACCUUCCCCACACACACCUUUCACUUGACCUCCCCCACCCCGGCCCAUUUCCGCUCCUUGAACUGAAUCUUCCCCAGAGGCCAGACUGCCAGAGCAUAUAUCUCUCUUUGGGUCGUUGGGUGUAGUAGUGAUCGGAUGGACAGCACAAGCUGCCUGCUGGACGACGCGAGCAGCGGCGCGUCCACGGGCAAAAAUAAGCCGGCCCCGGUCCCGGCUCCGGCUGCGGUGACCGGCAAACCGCUACAGCGCGUGGGCAGCAGCGGCGCCAGCGCGGUGAUGGACGCGGCGGAGCCGGGCGCGGAGGCGGACUCGGACGGCGCCAGGCGUGCCCCAGGAGGCGUCGGCGGGAAGCUGCCGUCGUCCAAGUACAAGGGCGUGGUGCCGCAGCCCAACGGGCGGUGGGGCGCGCAGAUCUACGAGCGCCACCAGCGCGUGUGGCUCGGCACGUUCACGGGCGAGGCCGAGGCCGCGCGCGCCUACGACGUGGCCGCGCAGCGGUUCCGGGGGCGCGACGCCGUCACCAACUUCCGCCCGCUCGCGGAGUCGGACUUGGACCCGGACGCCGCCGCCGAGCUCCGGUUCCUCGCGUCCCGGUCCAAGGCCGAGGUCGUCGACAUGCUCCGCAAGCACACCUACGGCGAGGAGCUCGCGCAGAACAGGCGCGCCUUCGCCGCUGCGGCGGCGUCCCUGGCCUCGCCGCAGCUGCCGCCGGCCAAGAACACUAGCCCGGCGGCGGCGCGCGAGCACCUCUUCGACAAGACGGUGACGCCGAGCGACGUGGGGAAGCUGAACCGGCUGGUGAUACCGAAGCAGCACGCGGAGAGGCACUUCCCGCUGCGGCGAGUGCAAGGCGGUCGUGCUCCGAUCCUCAGCUUCGAGGACGCCGCCGGGAAGGCGUGGAGGUUCCGGUACUCGUACUGGAACAGCAGCCAGAGCUACGUGCUGACCAAGGGGUGGAGCCGCUUCGUCAAGGAGAAGGGCCUCCACGCCGGCGACGCCGUCGGGUUCUACCGCUCGGCCGCCGCCGGCAGGCAGCUCUUCAUCGACUGCAAGCUCCGGCCCAAGGCGGUGAGGCUUUUCGGCGUGGACUUGCUCACUGAGCCGCCGAGGUCAGCAGCAGCAGUGGCGCAGCCGGAGCCGGAGCAGGAGGAGAUCGCCGUGUCGAAGAACAAGAGAGCUAGGGACGCCAUCGCCGCGUCUGCUACUCCAGUACACAUUGCUUUCAAGAAGCAACGCGUAGACGUCGCGCUGACGACGACCUAGCUAUAGCUGACGAUUUUUUUUUUGCUCUCCACAAACCCUCCUCUUGGUUAAAUUCGCUCGCUCGUAUUGGAUGAUAUACAAGAAUACAAGAUGCAUGGUGGUCGCUAGCUAGCUAAGUAGCUUUUGGCGCGCGCACCGAUCUCAUCGUUCAUUUAUGAGGUGUUUGGUUUGAUGAAUCAGUCUAUCAAAAAUGAAGUGGUGUAUUAUGGAUUCAUUCCUCAAAUUUGGUGGGAUGACUCCAUUUCACAUAUUAGUACUAAACAAAUAACUAUGA